AUGAGAGGCUUCACAGAAGCAAAACAGAAAAUUAGAAGAAGGAAAACUGCCUCAUGGUUAAGAGAGUCUGUAUUGCAGCUUGGUCCAACUUUCAUUAAACUUGGUCAGUUGUCAUCAACAAGGUCGGAUCUGUUUCCACGUGAAUUUGUGGAUGAGCUCGUAAAAUUGCAGGACAUGGUUCCUGCCUUCUCUCGUGAGAAAGCAAGAAAAUUUAUUGAGAGUGAAUUAGGAGCUUCCAUUGACAUGUUAUUUAAAGAGUUUGAAGAUCGACCAAUUGCCUCUGCUAGUCUCGGUCAGGUUCAUCGUGCUAUUCUGCAUAAUGGAGAAAAAGUAGUAGUCAAAGUUCAAAGGCCAGGUCUGAAGAAGCUUUUCGACAUUGAUUUGAAAAACUUAAAACUGAUCGCAGAGUAUUUCCAGAGAAAUGAAGCUUUUGGGGGUCCACUCAGAGAUUGGAUUGGAAUAUAUGAAGAAUGUGCAACGGGACAGUUUUGGACAGCCAUGCUCUUAUUUUACAACCUUGUCAUGUCAAGAAUGAUGCACAGAAACAAAAGACAAUUGAGAAGGAUAAGAGUUCAACAAAAUUGCUCGUAAGAAAUGUUGCUUUUGAGGCAACAGAGAAGGAUCUAAGACGAUUGUUUAGCCCCUUUGGCCAGAUUAAAAGCUUAAGGUUGCCAAUGAAGUUUGGAAGCCAUAGAGGCUUUGCUUUUGUAGAGUAUGUUACUCAGCAGGAGGCACAAAAUGC